AUGGAGAGGAUGAAUAUCAUCUUCCACUCGCUCUCGUCUGAGGCCGACACGGAUUCUGGUUGUGUUGUAAUUAGGUCCACCAGAGAUGAAAAACCUCUCCAUUAUACCUUACAAAUCCAAUCUUUUUCGUUGCUCAAGACUGCACUUGUUAGAUCCGAUUGUGACAGAUAUGAAUCCCGGAUCUUCAAUGCUGGCGGUUAUAAAUGGAAAUUAGCAAUGUAUCCCACUGGAGAUGUGAAAAGAAAUGGAUCUCAUGAUCAUAUAUCCCUCUAUUUGGUAAAGGCUGAGGAUGACAUUCCUACUUCAGAGGUCAAUGUUGUGUUCACGUUUCUUGUUUAUGAUAGUCUCAAGGACAAAUAUUUGGCAGUCCAAGAUGGGAUAGUAAGACGUUUCCAUGCAAUCAAGACAGAAUGGGGUUUUGAAAAGUUGAUUUCUCUCGACACUUUCAAUGAUUCUUCAAAUGGGUUCUUAGUUGAUGAUUGCUGUGCAUUUGGAGUGGACGUCGUUGUUAUGAAAUUGGAGGGCUACCGUUGGAAGUUAUGGUUGUAUCCUAAAGGAUGCUCCAACGCAGAGACUGGCUUUUUGUCCUUGUACUUGAUAUUAGAUAGUUCCAAAGAGAUUCUCCAAGGUUCUAAAGUGUACGUUGAAUAUGAAUUGGCCUUAUUGAGUCAACUUGGAGCUGAACCAGAGAAAGAAACAUAUAAUUAUUGGUUUGCUGGUGGUGGUCCGAAUUUCAUUUCAUUGAGUGAACUCAAGAAACCAUUGAAGGGGUAUCUUCACAAUGAUACUCUGAAGGUUGAAGUGAAAAUUAAUGUUAUCUCUACCUCGAAAAGUUUUAACAGUAGUAGGGAAAAUGCUGCUGCCUAG